AUGGGAUCACCAUCGAUAGAUUCAGAGAAUGUAUCUAUUCCUGUUCUUCGUUAUGUCUCAUCAUCCCGAAGGAAAGAGGGCCAAUCCCCAUUUGGAGAAGAAGUGAAACCAAGGAAGUUAGGGGAAAGUGACAUGAAGUUCUUGAAGGAGUCUACAACCAUGCCUUUACCCAAGUUGAGCAAUUCAAAUGUGUUGGAAUCUUCAAUACCAAGGUUCGUCAGACCAUCACAAGAUGCAACAAGACUCAAAGUGAGCAAUUCAGAUGUGUCGAAAUCUUCUGUAUUCAAAAGGAUAUCUAGACAUAAGACUCAAAGGAGAAUCCAACCAGCUCUAUACAGAUUGGCGCUAGAAAGACUCGGAGCACUAAGAAAGCCGUCUGAAGAGAAAAACCAGCGAGAAUUGGAAAGUGGAGUUCGUAUUGAUUCGACAGAAGAUAAUGAAAUCCGCCUAAUCUCGUCACGUAUGAAACAUCACUUAACAUUAGACGUAACUUCAGGUGACCAAUUCAAAGUGAAACGACGAACAAUCAUACAAACUCGGAAAACUUUGAGUGAACAAAAUGAAAGUGACGAUGAAGAAGCAGAGAUUCUAGUUGUUCAUCACGUUACGAUUAAAGAGCUCAAUGAAGAGGAACCUUUUGAGGAUGAGGUUCAUGAUGCUCAUGCUACAUUAGAAGAUGGGGCCCAAGCGACUGCUGAUGAAUUAAAAGAGCUCAAAUUGGGCACAAAUGAAGACCCAAGACCUAUCUUCGUUAGUGCACUUUUGAAUCCUAACGAAGAAGAAUCAUACCAUCAAUUGUUACUUGAGUAUAAAUAUGUCUUUGCUUGGACAUAUAAGGAGAUGACAGGCCUCGAUCCAAAAGUUGCAGUCCAUCACCUCGCUAUCAAACCUGGAACGCAUCCAAUCAAACAAACUCAACGUUGCUUCCAUCCGGAGCUCCUAAGUCAAAUCGAAGCCGAAGUCGAUAAGUUGAUCGCCACUGGAUUUAUUAGGGAGGUGAAAUACCCGACGUGGAUAGCAAACAUUGUUCCGGUGAAGAAGAAAAUCACUGGACAAAUUCGUAUUUGUGUUGACUUCCGAGACUUAAACGAGGCUUGCCCGAAGGAUGACUUUCCAUUGCAUAUAAUUGAGCUCAUGGUCGAUGCAACCAUAGGUCAUGAAGCCUUAUCUUUCUUGGACGGUUCAUCUAGAUACAAUCAAAUAAGAAUGUCGCCAGAGGACGAAGAACUCAAAGCCUUUCGCACUCCAAAAGGAAUUUACUGUUACAAGGUGAUGCCAUUUGGCCUUAAGAAUGCAGGUGCGACCUAUCAACAUGCAAUGCAAAAGAUCUUUGGUAACAUGCUUCACAAGAAUGUCGAGUGCUACAUUGAUGACCUGGUGAUCAAGUCAAAAAGAAGAGAAGAUCACUUGAAAGACUUGAGAAUGGUGUUUAACAGAUUGCGGAAGUACCAACUCAAGAUGAACCCUUUGAAGUGCGCUUUUGGCAUCACGUCAGGUAAAUUUCUUGGUUUCAUCGUUAAACAUCGAGGCAUCGAAGUAGACCAGACUAAGAUUAAAGCCAUCCGAGAUAUGCCCGAGCUAAGAAAUUUACGUGAGUUGAAAAGUUUACAAGGACGUCUCGCGUUUAUUUGGCGAUUCAUCUCAAACUUAGCAGGGAGGUGUCAGCCAUUCAGUCGCCUUAUGAAAAAAGAUGUUCCAUUUGUUUGGGAUAAAGCUUGUCACAAUGCCUUUGAAAGCAUAAAGAAAUACCUAUUGAGUUCACCACUGUUAGGAGCUCCUAUUCCAGGCAAACCACUCAUAUUGUACAUUGCGGCUCAAGAGAGGUCAAUUGGAGUCCUGUUGGUGUAA